CUGCACUGCAAGCAAUCAAAACCUCAUCAAUAAUUCGUUUGCUCCUUUCCCGCUGCAGGGUACAGCUCACUUGAUUGCCAAAGUUUACUUGUGCGAGAAUGGUAAUAUGUACCAUUAUUCAGGCAAAAACAACUCAGAAAAUGAUUUAAACCUCGAUUCAGUACUUAUGGUUACAAGCAAAGAAUAAGAAGAAAAAUUUAACAUACUGAUGAAGACGAAGUCUAGGAACAGCUGAUUUAGUUUGAAAGCCAAAUCGACAACUACACGGAGGGAAAUUAUUAAAACGCAAGACCAACACACACAGCAAAAAACCGGCUGACUCUAAACCUGGAAAGAGAUGGAAGAAGGCAGCAAAAAGACUUUGGCACGAUUCACUGACGACGGCGGCUUUAAACCAAAUCAACAUGAACGUGAGCGUUUCCGCACGGUGGCCGCGUUUUUCGUCUUUGGAGCUUUAAUGUACGCUUCAUACUCCCUCGUUAUUGCUGGAGCUCAAGAUAUUUUAGCCGGAACAUUUAUUCAAACUUCCAUGGUCCUCGUGGCGGACAUAGGACCAUACUUUGUUGUUUCAUUAAUCGCUCCUUACUUCAUGCAAAAAAUACCGUAUUUUGUCCGCAUCACAACAGUUUUCUUGUCUGGAAUUAGUGGUUUACUGAUCCUCGCAUUCGCCCGACAGGUUCAUUGGAAAUUAAUUGGUGUAGGUAUGACGUCGUUCGGUUUUGGAGUCAGUGAAGUUACAUUUCUAGCGCUCACAUCGUUUUAUCACGAAGUAACAUUAAGUGCUUAUUCAGCUGGAACUGGAGUUGGUUUUAUGAUAGCUCCCUUAUAUUACACAGGUAAGUAGUAUAACAGUUUUUUUCCUUGAGUCUAAGAACAGUUUGACCAGUCAAUCAGUAAAAUAAUGAGGCAUAAAUAUCUUGGCGUCUUUAAACAAACCAUCUCAGUCUAGACGUUCUUGUUCUAAUUUUCUAACAAAUUUCAUAUUUAGAUGCAUCUACGGAUAGCUAUUUGUCAAAAGACCGUAAGAUUUGAAAUGCAUGGGAGAUCAUUUGGAAACAGGUGUUCUAGUUAACAUUCAAAUUCAGUGCAUUCUUCUUUUCAAUAUGAAUGCUUUUAAAGUGAGCUCAAAAGCGACAGCAAAGAAAUUAAUCAUUUCUUUUUCACAUAACUGACAGUCAAAUAAAUGACAGCCAUUUUGAAUGCAAAAAGUCUAGACAAGAUAGAGAAACCCUUCCCAUUUCGUCAUCAAUCGAACAUGACGCUAGAUACUUUCUAAACGAUGAUUUUAAAAAACGUCAAGAAACGACUAAUUUCCCCUAUUACAGGAUAUCUCAGCUUCACUGUUUUGGAAACAACAGGUCUUGAACUAUAGUGGAGCAGUAGAUAAUUAUUACUUUUUAACGAAGCUCCUGUUCCACUUCAUUGCUCUUCUUGAACUUCCAUUGAUUGAAAAUAAUAGAAAUCUUUAGCAUCACUUUUUUCUUGGGAAACCGCCAAACCGCGAACUGCAGUACACUUUUGCAGUUUUACGCUGUCAGGAUUUCGAAUUUUAACAAAGCGUUUGUUGUAUAUAAGACUGCCAUGUUGUUUUUCGUCAAGUCUCCGUACAUGUAGUUCACUUACCGGUUAUAGGCGAUGUACGGGAUAUCCCCUGAAAAACAUGAAGAAUUCAUUCAUUCAUUCAUUCGAGUUCGAAAAUCUAACUAGCACAUCACAGGCGUGUGUAGAAACUUAUCUAUUGCCUUUAAAGCGCGUGUACAAUUUUUAACGUCGCCGAAAAACCUUACCGUAAAUCACUUAUAAUUACCGCUAGAAGCUCUUCCUGCAGUGCAAACGGGAACUGCAAGCGCAAGACUGUGAUCACGUGACAUUCUCUGGUUAACCAUGAAAAACAUGAAGCUAAAGUCUCUCAUAGCGUGCUCACAACAAUGGAAAUGUGCAUUAAUAGUAAUUAUCAUUCAUUCAAAACUUUUUUUCCGUUUCUGAUUGCCUCAAGUCCUCAGCUAAUUCUUCAUAAUCAGCUAGCGUUGACCAAAUUUAGAGGACGUUUGCGAUCUGCAGUGAAAUGACGUCAGAAGUCCAGGAUAAUACUGGAAAAAGGGACAAAAACCGAGAUGUCCCGGAGACGAGGCUGCGUUUGGCUGCGAACGUAUUUCCAAGUAUUUCCAGCCGUCACUUCUCUCCGGGUGGAGAGAGGUGACGACUGGAUAUACGUCAGGGAUCGCACGCAAGGUUGCGUUAGCUUGAAGAAAAAAGGAUUUGGCUCGGUGUGAUCUCAAGAAUUAUGGAGAUCUCUGGGGCUUUAUCCGCUUGAUUCUUCAGAUCAUUCUCAUGAAGGUGGGGGACCCCAGGUAGGUGAGGUAACCCUUUUAGAUGGGGUAACCCGGCCUGUUUAUAUAAUCUCUCAUAUGGUCUCCCACCUAUUAUAUAAACGUGACCAAUUUAAAUUAAUUAAAUUAAAUUAGAGAUUAUAUGGACAGGCGGGUUACCUCACCUAACUGGGGUCCCCCACCACCAUGUAAAACUUUACAACUUUCAUUCUAGUUUUUAAUCAAUUUUAAUUUCCUUUCUCCGCUACAAUUAACGGAGUUCAUGAAAACCGGCACUAACCAAUUUGGCCGUUGGUCUUCUAGAGAAAGGCCUCUAACAAGGUUCCUCAAACACUCUCUUAGCUAAUACUAACUACUUGUUGUUAGUCUUGCUCUGCUGUGAUUGGCUGAGAGUGCUGAGUCACUAGCGCAAAAUAUGAGUCAAAAUAGCCUACAACCCAAUAUUGUCAAGCCUCGAUUGUAUGUGUGGUAGGGGAUGCUCGGUGAUUGUAUCUCAUGUUAUUUAUACUUUUUUCAUCACAAACACAUAUCUUUAUUGCUAAGCAACUGUUUGUUUUUGUAGCCAUGACAACCUGGGCCUGUGCAUCACCAAGCGCUACAAUUUUGGUCAUGGCAGCCAUGUUACUUCUGAUUUUCGUCUGCUAUUAUGCCAUGGACAAGAAACACCUUGAGUCUCCCAGUCCACCUCCAACCAAUGAAAGUGACAACAGGGGAGAGUACACCGCUUUGGUGACUAAGGGUAAGCCCUAUAAAUUUUAUUGUUUUAUUUUCUGUUGUGACCAAAAAACUGACUGAUAAGCCCAUGACAUGUGUUCUUAUUCUGUGUAAAUUCAACACUGCUUCCUCUAUAAGAAGCGUCGUCUUAAAGAGAGGCAAAUAAAAUGACUGAAGAACGGUAGGGACCAACUCUAGUUGUCCUUUAUAGGGAAGCAAGUUAAAUACAAAAAAAGAAAUGCUGAAAGACAAAUAGCACCUGUAAAAGCAAUUUGAUUAAUGGUCACCGACCAUAACAUCUCGUCCACAGACUCAAUAGUUAAAAAUACAUGGUACCAUGUGAAAAUACUGCUGAAGAGGUUUCAUUUGAUCAUGAAUGGUCACACCAUAGGAUUUCAUCCACAGACACAAAAGUUAGAACUACAUACUAAAUAUAUAGCACCUGAAAGUACUGCUGAAGAGGUUUCAUUUGAAUGGUCACACAAUAGGAUUUUAUCCACAAUCUCAAAAGUUAGAACUACAUUAAACACUGUAGACAUGUGAAAGUACUGCUGAAGAGGUUUCAUUUGAAUGGUCACACAAUAGGAUUUCAUCCACAGUCUCAAAAGUUAGAACUACAUUAAACACUGCAUGUCAAAGUACUUGCUGAAGAGGUUUCAUUUGAAUGGUAGCACCAAAGGAUUUCAUCCACAGACUCAAAAGGUAGAACUGCAUCAGUAAAUAAAUGGUACCAUGAGAAUUACCCCCAAAGAGGUUUUAUCGAAUGGACACACCGCAGGAUUUCAUUCACAGAGUCAAAAGCUAUAACCACCUUGCGUACCUUCACAAUUUACUCUGGGAGUGAAAGGCUUAAGAGAAAGUUAAUUGUACGUACUAUGUAUUCUCACAGAAGAUACAACUGGAUCAACCACCAACGAAGAAGAAGACUCCAGCACUGAAGAUGCUCCUCUCACUUAUCGUGAAAAGUUCAUGGUCAUCUUUCAGAUGCUUUCAAACCUGACACCCCUUUACAUCGCAUGGUUCUCAGAAUAUCUGAUCAUUCAAUCCGUCUUGACAACACUAGCAUUUCCCAACGCCCCCUUCAGACCACGUGACCACUAUCAAUACUACAUCUUUGUGUUCCUGGGAGGUGAGGUAGUGGGAAGGUCCUAUCUUGUGGUUUUAUCCUACAUCAAUGCGAACUGGGCCGAGAAAGCUAAGUUCCCGUAUCUAUGGGUUCUGUCGGCAAUUGAAGUGAUGCACCUUAUGUUCUUCACCUUAGCAGCCUGGUAUCGCUUUCUACCAAAUGUUUGGAUCGUAUUAUUCCUGUCAUUUACCGGAGGUUUAACUAUUGGUGUCCUUUUCGUCAACGCUUUAUCGCUCUUUAGGGAAAAGUUUGAAGGUCGCUAUAAAGAAUUCGCCAUGGGGUACCUCGUUGUGGCUUUGGGCGGAGGCACAUUCACGGCCUCUCUGGUGGGUCUUGUUACCGAGCCCCUGUUACGAAACCGCUGCAAGUUGCUUCUGAAUAAAGAUGAUUUCUGCUUCACAAGGUCAAAGGCCAGAGAAAAUAUUAUAUCGCACUGUCUCGUAAAAACUGGUUAGCUGAAACUGCAAGACCAGAACUGAUUACAAUAGCUAUAUAUAUGUUGAACAUCCUUGAUGUCAUAAUUUUUAGACCCAACUACGCUUUAACAAACUAAUGCUGUAAUCUCUACAACAAGCCAAUCCUUUCUAUAAAAGCCCCAACCCCCACCCUAAACAUUCAAAAUUCAUUAAGCCAGGCCCUUUGUAAUAAGCAACUCUUCUAAUAAGGGACCCAUCUUCUACACAGUCACUAAAUGAAAACAAAAUUUUCUGAGAACUGUAACCAUCACGGACGGCGAAACUAUGGGGCUGGGUGGGCUUAAGCCCCACCAAUAAUUUUACCGGGAUUUUUUUUUUCUUUUCUUCUCUCUCCCUCCCCUUCCCCAUCACCCCACCUCUCCUUUUUUACAUAAACAAAUGGACUUCUAAUUUUGGUGUUAAAGCAAACAGUUCUUUGUUAAAUGAAAGUUUUUUUGCAGAAAACUUUCAGACUGGCGAUGAGAUCAUUUAACAAAAUUUCUUGUGGUUGAUAGAAAUAAACGCUUUUCUGGUGACUUCAGAAGCUCUAAAUUUCAAUAUCCCUGGAAUUGUCCCCUAGACAAGCUCGUGCAAAGCACGAGCUAAGCCCCACCAGU